AUGCAGACGUUCACCCCAAGAGCAUGGGAUGGGAGCUCCCAGUCAGAUCUGCCCAAAGUCGGACCACAGGGUAUGCUGACCUCGAUUGUCUUGACCGACAAGGGCGACAACGCUGACGAUUCACAUCUCAACCAAGGCCUCACAGCUCUGCCUGUCGAACUGAUACAUCACAUCUACUUCUUCCUAUCGCCCGCCGACUUUGAUUCGGCGAGGAAAACAUGCCACGCGUUGCUCAGCACCGCCGUCAAUGGACAUGUCCUACGGCGUAUGCUCAAGCGAGGCGGCUGGUGGAGAAGCGUCUCAGGCAUGCUCUCCCGGCCGGAUGAGGCGACAGGUCAACAAUACGACGAGAACGACCUGGCCGUCAUGAGCAGGUGGCUCUCCAGGGAGUGUGCCCUCUGCAGCACUGCAGCAGGUGCCUUCUCGGAGGUGGGCCUCACCGAUUUCGGUCAGCUUGCCCCGGCCCUGAGGCAUGGCAUGCCUCACGACUGCGCUGCCUUCACCGUCAGCCUCUACGGAAGGUUCGUCCUGGCGGCGCUCGGAGAAGCGGUGUACGUGUACGAGCUGGACCAUGUCUGCGCAAGGGACCAUCGGAGGCGGACGGCGCUGCCCCGACGGCGCGAGGGCCUGCCGCUGGGCAUGUUGCGGCCGGUGACGCUGAUCAUCUGCGAUCGCCAGGUGAUCUCGUGCAGCAUGGACACGUCCAAGGGCCGCAACUCGGUAGCCAUCCUGAUGCAGGGGCGCCUGGGCUUCGUGUGCGACGUAUCGCCUCGGCGGCUGGGGAUACCGGUGUCGGAUUCCUGCGCCUCCACCUGGCCGGUUCUGGCGGCGAGCGAGGCAGGGCAGCACACAGAGGCAGAGGCGUCUCGCACGUGUAUAUGUCGCGUAGAACCGGCGACGCGAGCACCGGCGGCUGAGACCAGCGCGGCGUCGGUCUAUCGGAGCAUCUGCUUCCCGGACGACCCGCCCAGGUCCGUGGCCCUCCACCCGCAGCGACACUGCGUCGCCUUUGGCUGCUCGGGGGGGGUCGAGCUGUACUGGACGGACGCGGACAUAGACAUGCCCAAGAGGCUGAGGCUGAUCGGCUCGGCCAUGGCGCUGGAGUCCCCCGCAGAGUCAUUUGGCAACAUUGUCAACGGCCUCAACCCGACCAUAUUCGGAUCCAGGACUGUGUCCACCGUACCUCUUGCCGGCUUGAGCUCGGCCGAGAUGGCGGGUGCGGGACAGACGGCGCAGACGACGGCGCCGACAAGAAACUCUGCCGACCGAGCGGGGCAGCCACAAAGCCAGCUGCCGUCUAUGACGUCGAGGAAUGCUUACCAUUAUCGAGCCGUGCCACUGAGCGACGGCCACCACAUCCUCUUCACCGACCCCUGGUCCGGCAACCUCUGCCUAGGGACCGAUGCGCCCGCAGGAUCCCUUACGCGCCUUGUGAGGAAGGUCUGGUUCUCUCCACCGGCGGCGGCAGCAUCGUCGGCACCCAUCCUCUACGCCGCCGGGGCCGACCUGAGUCACGGUGUGCGAGUGGUGGCGACAUUUCCCGUACGGAAAGGUGGACACGACAGCUGCUGCAGAAGGUUUGGAAUUGGGUUGCACGCCCCGCUAGCUGCUAGCGGCGUCGACGGUGUCCGAGCCCCUCAGAAUCAGAGCGGCACGGCUCGGAAUCGGGACAGUUCCGUUCGGAAUCGCGGUGGUACGAUUCCGAGACACGACGACGGGGGUCGGAAUCAGACCCCUGUCCAUGGAGCUCGGGAUCCGUCCGAUGUGGGUCGGAACCAGGCUGCUGAUGUGAGCGGCGAUCAGAUUAUCGUCUUCUACACAAUCCCUCCCGACACGUUCCACGACAUCAAUACGCGCGGUUCCCCUGCUUCACAGGACCGGCUUGGCACGUGGCGUGCGACCGAGGACGCGGAAGAGCUACCCGAUUGGGCCCCGUGGAUGGCUAGGGGGACGUUGGGCGGGAUGGGCGAACCCCUUGGGCAUCAACAGCGAGAUUACCACAGCAACUCCGACUUGCCAAUCUCCAUCGCCGGGCAGCCCGUGGCCGUCUGCAGCAGCCUCGUCGAGGUUUCGCUCAAGGCCUGGCCGGUCGUGGCGAUCUGGGCCUUCAGCGCGGAGGGAUGGUCGAGGACGUGGUCGCUGGCGACGGCUUCGCAGAUGGAGCGCACGGUGUCUGCGGUUCAGAGAGACGGAAGCCUUCGGCGCGCAGGCCCCGACGACGACGACCAGCUGGAUGGCGAAGACGACGACGACGACGACGACAAGACAGCGAAUUCGGCGUCGGCUCCGGCGGUAGUGGAUGACGCAGCUGACAAGUCGGGACCAACACCGGCGCCGUUUGACGGACCGUCAUGCACUCAAAUAGCGGGCCCCUCCUGCCACCAACAAGUGCUGCCUGCCGCAGGAGGACCGGCCAGUCAGAUAUCAAGAGGGGGCAUACGGCGGGCGGCUGGGUUGGAUGUCGCAGACGGGCGGGCGGAUGGAAUUGUGCGGAUUGAUGUGGAACUUAGAUAA